AUGCAAGCGCACCUGGUGACCGCACCUGGAGAUGGGGUGGCGCCCGCGGUGCUGCUCAGCCUGCCUGGCAGCGCCUGCGACGGGCGGGGGCAGGCGGCGGCGCAGUACUUGUUCAACGUGCCCGAAGGCUUCUCCCGCCUGGUGCUGGAGCACAGGCUGCGCCCAGGCGCGGGGCUGCGGGCGGCGUUUGCAAGCGACAUGGCCUCCUUGGCUGGGUUUGGGGGCCUAGUCAUGCGGCUACGAGGAGAGGGCCACGGGCAGCUGCAUGUGGUUGGGCCCACAGGCACCCGUGCCGCUGUGUGCAGCCUGCACCACUUCAUCCACUGGCGCCACCCGGCUGUUCUGGUCGAGGAGAUGGCACCCUGGGAGGCGCAGCCGACGGUGUACCAGGCAAGCAAGUGGUGCAGGCCUGCAGCCUAG